AUUCAAGUGUUGGAUAGCGUUUUCUUACUCAAGGUAUGCGGUACCAGGGAUUUCACCCUGGGUACCGUAGAACUCCCCACACAUUAUAUAUAUAUAUAUAUAUAUGGUUAAGACUAGUAUACUCCAUGAGUAUAGUAGAACCACAACUAAUCAACACAUUACCCAAGCCCUAAAUCUUCACUUUUGAACUCAAAUCCUAAACCCCAAAUUGUAAACUCUAAACCCUAACCUUAAUUUCCAAACCAUAUAUCCUUCAAAUCAAAGUAAAUCUUGAGGAUUUUUGUGCAAAAUCAUGAGUUUUUUUGUCCAUCAUAUCACGAGUGACGAUUGAUAUCAUUUCCACGUGAAUCGUCUGCUCAAAAUGACGAUUAUGACGUGAGUGAAUUGAAUGCACUAAAAUAGUGAGUGCACUAAAGACAAUCAUAUAUAUUUCAUAUGAAUUGAUCGGGAAGAAAGAUUUGUGUGAUUUAAUGCACACCUCUUAAGGUAUUCUAAUAGGUAGUUAAUAAGUAUAAAUAGUAAUAUCGACAUCAUGAAUGGUUAGUUUUCCGCUCGACAUUCUAAUCCAUCUCUAAAGAAUAGGUCCACUGGAAGAUCAUAGGAUAUAAGGUCAUAGUGAGAAUAGCAAUUCGUGAGAAUGCCUUCAAUUUGCUUAUGUGUUUUGAUCAUUUUAACUACUAAUCUGGAAACUCAAUGGACAACAUUGCCUCCAUUUACUACUUUUCCCAUCCAGUUUACCAUUGUUUUAUUUUUAUGCAUAUACAGUGUUUUAGAAGCCUUUAUCAAACAUAAUUCACCUCAACCUCACAAACAGUUUUUUCAAAGCACAAGAUCCUUUCCAUCUGAGUAGUGGAAUCUUGCUUGUCUUGGCUCGAGUUGUGUUUUGUGAAGUGUGUGCAGGAGGUGUAUGACCUGAAGUGAUCCAACACCUUUGGAGCCACUUGACGAGAACAUCAAUCAGACUCUCCGACUCUUGGCUCGGGAGAAGGAGAAGGAGUUGUAGGAAGCAAGGGAAGCAUGGGUGAAUAAGGGACAACCACAUGUUGAUCCCGACGAAGAAAUUGGAGUUGGAAUAAAGAAGGAAGUUGAAUCGGAAGAAGAAGUUGAGGUUGAGAUGGCGGAGAAUCAAAACGACCAAGAGGAGAAUGAAGUUCUUUGAGUGAUAAAUCCUGAUAUAGGAACAUCUCAUAACCAAUCGUUAUUCUUCAGUUGACUAUGAAUUCCACAGGCAAGGGAUUGGGCCAAAGUAUAGAUUAGACUAAAACAAAUAAUACAAUAGCGAUAAUCAUUUCGAUUAGUAAACGGAUCAAUGGUACAGGGUAUAUGAUGAGUAAUUGUGGUGUUUAACUUGAAUACUGGGAGAAAGGAAAGAUGAUAGAACCGGUACAGAUGCCAACAUGAUAUGCUAGGAUCGACGGUCGAAACCUAGCAAACAAGUUUCGGACUAUCACAACUUUCUCUCAUUAAAUUUCUCUUGUUAACGUGAUUUCCAAUGCUCAUUUUCAAAGUAUUUCGGGGAAAGUUAAUUUUUAAACUACUCGUUCAUACUAGUUACCACUUUUGUUUUGUAACUCAAAUCGAGAAUUUUUUUCCACAGAAAGAAAACCUUCAUUAUGAUGUAUAGAUUAUAGAAUUCUAUAUAUUGCAGGAAAUUUUUUUGAUACCAAAUAUCCUAUCCUGUACCAUAAUGGCAAAUGAGACUAGACGAUCUAUCACAUAUAUCAUCAUUCUAUACAAUUAUGCAUUUCUACCACCAUGAUACAAUCUUAUUCAUUAUGAAACUUAAUCACUAUGGUGUAGAGUCAUAAAAUAUGUCUCAAUAAAAGUUUCAUUUAAACAAGAUAUAGUUGAUGUAAUUUUGAAUAGUAUGAUUAAUCUGAUUUUUUUAUAAUAAAAAAAUGUGAAUUUCUCGAAUAAAAAUGAAAGAGAUAUUGAUGCUCCCACAUCCGGAUAAAAACUUAAAUAAAACGAGAUGCUAAUGCAAUGCGAAAGGGAUAUACCAAAGAUUACAGAUCUCUUUUUGGGCGGCUUUUCUUCUUUAUGUAGUUUUGACUUUGGUAUUUAAGAAACCAAAAGGGAACAAACCAGUGAAACCACAAAGGAACUUGACAAAACUUUACUUCCAUCGUCCCAUAUAGGCAGUAGCUCAAAGGCAAAUGAUGAGCCAUGGAAAACCUGUUCUCACGCUAGUCCUAGUAGUCCCUUUCUUCUUUCUUUUUGUUUCCCAUCAUUCGGUUUCUGAUAGCUCCAAGAGGAAUAUUGAGUGAUUUGAGUAGUGCUGCUGAAUCCCAAUUAGCAAAUAGUCCCCCCUUUCCUUUUUGCCUUUUCCACCUCCAUUUGGUCUCAUCUUUCUGCUUCUUCCCCUUCUUUAUAAUUGCUCUUCUUCAUCGCCAUUCCCAUUUGCCUCUGCCAAUGGACUCUAAGCAGCAGCAGCUCUACUUGGCUAAUAAAUCUUCCAGGCAGCGCUUCAGUGAAUGGAUUUUCAGAGAUGUCCCUAGUGAUAUCACCAUUGAAGUUGCCGGAUCCACAUUUGCAUUGCACAAGUUUCCAAUCGUAUCAAGAAGUGGCCGAAUCAGGAAGCUGGUUUCAGAGCACAGGGAUGCAGACAUCUCCAGGGUGGAGCUCCUCAACUCGCCGGGCGGCCCCGAGACGUUCGAGCUGGCGGCCAAAUUCUGCUACGGGAUCAACUUCGAGAUCACACCGAGCAACGUGGCCCAGCUCAUCUGCGUCUCCGACUACCUCGAGAUGACGGAGGACUACUCCCACGACAACCUCGCCUCCCGGGCCGAGGAGUACCUCGACAGCGUCGUCACCAAGAGCCUCGAGCUCUGCGUCCAGGUCCUCCAGCACUGCGAGAACCUCUUGCCCUUAGCCGACGAGCUCAAGAUCGCGAGCCGCUGCGUCGACGCGGUCGCCUCCAAGGCCUGCGUCGAGCAGAUCGCCUCGAGCUUCUCGAGGCUGGAGUACAGCAGCUCGGGGAGGCUCCACAUGAACAAGCAGGCCGCAGGAAGCAAGUGCGAGGGGGACUGGUGGAUCCAGGACCUCUCCGCGCUCCGAAUCGACCUCUUCCACAGGGUGAUCACAGCGAUGAAAUGCCGCGGGGUUCGUCCCGAGAGCAUCGGGGCGUCCCUCGUCAGCUACGCUCAGAGGGAGCUGACCAAGAAGUCCAGCCUCUGGAACCCAAACCCAAACCCGACCAAAGUGGUCGAUCCGGUCUCCACGACUGCCCACGAGAGGGCGGUCGUGGAGACGAUCAUAAGCUUGCUUCCCUUGGAGAAACUUGCAGUUCCCAUCAGUUUCCUGUUUGGCCUCCUGAGGAGCGCUGCCAUGCUUGAUUGCAGCGUGGGUUGUAGAGUUGAUUUGGAGAGGCGGAUCGGGUCGCAGCUCGACGAUGCGACCCUCGACGACCUUCUGAUCCCCUCGUUUCGGCAUUCGGGCGACACAUUGUUCGAUGUGGACGCGGUGCAUCGGAUCUUGGUUAACUUCUCGCAGCAGGACGACAGCGAAGGUGAUGAUGAUGACGGUGAUGGUGAUGGGAUGGAUGACGAUGGAUCUGGUUUCGAUCAAUCCGAUAGCCCGCAGCAUUCGCCUUCUCAGACGGCGCUGUUUAAGGUGUCGAAAUUGGUGGACAAUUACCUGGCGGAAAUCGCUCCCGAUGCUAAUCUGAAGCUGUCCAAGUUUAUGAUUGUGGCAGAGACUUUACCUGCUCAUGCUCGCACGGUUCAUGAUGCCUUGUACAGAGCCAUUGACAUUUACCUUAAAGCGCAUCAGGGUUUAUCAGACAUGGACAGGAAGCGGCUGUGCAAGCUGAUCGACUUCCAGAAGCUGUCUCAGGAAGCCGGAGCACAUGCCGCGCAGAACGAGAGGCUUCCGCUUCAAGCGAUCGUACAGGUUCUCUAUUUUGAACAAGUCAGGCUGAGGAAUGCGCUGUGCUGCUCUUACGGCGGGGGCGGGGAUCACGAACCGGAUCACGUGAGGCCGAUGCAGCAGUCCUGGAGGGCGAGCAGCGGGGCGUUCAGUGCAGCGAUGUCGCCGCGAGACAACUACGCGUCGCUGAGGAGGGAGAAUCGGGAGCUGAAGCUGGAGCUGGCGCGGAUGCGGAUGAGGCUGAACGACCUGGAGAAGGAUCAUGUGUGUAUGAAGAGGGAUAUGCACAGGUCUGGUUCCCGGAAGUUCAUGAAUUCGUUCUCUAAAAAACUAGGAAAGCUUGGUUUCUUUGGGAAUGGCUCGUCGAGGGGAUCGACUUCGCCUUCCAAGCAGUCUCAGAGGACGGAUUCUAGGGCGAUGGACAGAACUUGUGCCAGAACUUGUGCCAGUACGGAUUGAUGAGUGAGUGAGUGAGUGAGUGAGCGCUAUUCUAUGUGUUAAAUUACCGACCUCGAGCUAGGCUGCGGUUCUUCAUUUGUGUUGUUUUGGUGGGUGCUUUGUAGACCGUCUUCUGCAGUUUUUUUGGUUUAGUUACCUCCCUUUUCGUUUGUAAAUGUAAAUGGUUUCAGAUCUUGGAGGUUAGAGAGCAUAGAAGGGUUGUUAAAAGCGUGAGUUUCUAAUGUCUGCAAGCUCUUGUUUCUGUCCUUUCCCGAUUUCCCCUUUUGAAGUGAUAAACUAAAUUUUGUUGUGUUUGUGAUUGUCUGAUUGAUGUAUGCUAAAUUAUGUUUCGAGGACUUUGUACAUAAGAAAAGUAAUGUAAUUUC